UCGCGAGCGGAACUGGCCAUCCUCUGCGCCCCGCAGCUGGCCGGCACGAUAGCGUCGCUCCUCCGGCGCCAUUCCGCCUCGCUGCAGGGCGCUCAGAGGCGGAGAGGCGCGGAACUCCCCGCCGCCCGCCUCGCGCCCCAUGGCCGGCCUCUGGCGGCCACUGCUCCAGCUGGGGGCGGCGGCGGCGUGGCUCUGCGCCCUGGGAGCGCUCUCGGCUGUCCCCGGCCCGCCCGAGUCCCGAGCACAAGGUGAGUGCGGCAUGCCCCUUCAGAUAGAAAAUGCGGAAUGGAGCGGCAGUGGCACAAGACUGCGAUACUCGUGUGUGAAGAAUUACAAGAGAAAAGCCGGCAAGUCCAGCCUCGUUGUAUGCAAACAAGAUAGUGUGACGAAAGAGUUCAGAUGGGAAGCCCAACUGAGCUGUAUCCGAGAUCCAUCCCUGCCUGCUCCCAAAAGCAUGACAGAAGGCUCCAGAAGAGGUUCUCCUUACUUCAGGAUUGGACUGAUUUGCCUAGUGGCAGUGGUGCUCAUUGUCCUAUUGGUCCUUAUUUUGGUGUGCCUUUAUAGAAGACAACACCGUGUUCUGCAACAGGCAGACAUUCCACUCGCGGAAAGAAUCCCCAUGGCUGUCGAGAGGGCAGAAGGAGACCAGACAACCCCAACAGCCACUAACCCGGAUGAUCCGGGACCCACCACUGAAGGGACUCAGAUGUUACCGUCACCCUGUGCUACCUCCACCAGCUGAACGAUGCCGCUCAGCCAAAAACCAAUACAUCCUCAAAACUUGAAGAGGGGAAAACGGUAUCAGGAGCGUAGCGGAUUAGCAGAGCAGUGUGCUCGCCAUAUACCAUUUGCCUGUUGUCGGAAUGGAGAUAGGGCCAGUUUCCUGUCAGGAAACAUUUCCAAGGAGGCCUAGGAAUUAAUUUCUGAACCGUCUAUCAGUCACUGCUCUGGCUAGGCCUUGCCAUUUCCUUUACCCGGGUUGCAAACAAAGGGGACCUGUCAGUCCAAGAACUCCUACCACUCCCGGCCCAUCUCUUGGGUCGUCUUCUUUUAAAAGGAUGGGUUGUCUUUCAAAGCCGGAGCUUGCCAGACACGCACACACAAGCAGAGAGAGAGAGAAGCAAGCCUGGGAGUUGAAAAUGCUGAAGAUAAAUGCCCCCUCCCAAAUGAUCAGAAGAAGCACAUCGCAGAAGAGGAAAAGGAAGGAUGUGAGGAGUGACUGAAGAGUGCAGGAACCUUCACCUGGAUCCAUUUGAGACUUGGAGAAAGAGAGGUUGGAUGAGUGCCGAAGACGUCCAGUGAAAAAUGAAGAACCCUCAGGAGAAGAAAACGUGGCCUGGGGUGACAUUGCUGGGCUUGGAUUUGAAGUUGGAGAGACGAUGGAGUCGAGGCAGCCAUGACUCCCAGUGCUUGGAUAGGAACAGCCGGGCCAGGAUCAGGCACCGAAAGGGUGCAGUCGACAGCGAGGUUUUCCCAUGCAAACUCCACUGCACUGAAUGGGUGAUUAGCCAGAGAAUUAAUGGGCUCUUGCAAAGCCCCGUUUGUUUUUAAGAUACAGGCGGGCCCCGCUUAUAAAGCGGAACCCAUUGAGUAUAAUGGGGCGCAUCGCACGAAAAUGACGCAUAAAAGCCACGAAAGUGCACAAAUGGCUUUAAAAUGGGGAAUUUCCCCUAAUUGAAAGCCGCCGCAUUAGCGGAAUGCCGGAAUGCGAAGCGCCGGUAAGCGGGGCCCUACUGUAUAUAUUUUAAGGGAAUAGACAAAUCCAUGCUGAAUUACACUGCCAAUGGCUACUAGUCUUGGUGGCUGUAUGCAACCACCAGGAUCAGAGGCGGCCUGCUUCCGCAUACCCACCUUUGGAGAUUCAUGCACAGGAGGAUUGCCUUUGCACUCAUGUCCCGCUUGAGGGCACCUGGCUGGAAAAGAGGAUGCUGCACUAGAUAGGCCAUUGGUCUGAUCCAGCCGGGGUCUUCCUGCAUUCUUUAUACAGGGUCACAAAGCAGGUUGACCCAACGGAGCAUGCUCAAAAGAGCCCUUUGGUUCAAGAGGGCUUGCAGGAAAGGCCAUCACGACGGGUUAUGCCAAAAGAGUCCCUCCCCCUGCUUCCACGGGAGGCAGUGGUGACCAUCAACAUGGAUGGUUUUGAAAGAGGAUUAGAUGCUCUGGGGCUUCCCAUCGGGGCAUCUGGCUGGCCGCUGUGAGAACAGGAUGCUGGACUUGAUGGGCCUCCUUUGGCCCGACCCAGCUGCAGGGCUGUUCUUAUGCACUGCGUGCUUUCAAUAAACUAGUUGGUUUUUCAAGGUACCAAACUAGUUUUGUUAAAGCCUGAGAUUUCAGGGUUGAGAGCCUACUUCAAGAGACGCAUCGGGUAGACCAGGAAGGUGGUAGAUAUAAAUACAGUUAAGGUCAAGUGAGGCGGGGGGGGGGGGAAGCAAGCUAUUUCUUUUAGAGGAGGCAACAAAUGGGCUGAGAUGCCCUUGUGAAAACCUAAGCUUUAUUUUAAGAGCUGUCAACCAAUUAUAGACUUAAAAUCAAUGAACUGUCCAGUAUUUAAAUUACUCUAAAGAUAGACAGUGUGGUAUAGUGGUUAAGGUGUUUGACUACGACCUGGGAGACCAGGGUUCGAAUCUCCACACAGCCAUGAAGCUCACUGGGUGCCCUUGGGCCAAUCACUGCCUCUCAGCCUCAGAGGGAAGCAAUGGUAAACCCCCUCUGAAUACCGCUUACCAUGAAAUCCCUAUUCAUAGAGUCACCAUAAGUUGGGAUCGACUUGAAGGCAGUCCAUUUCCAUUUUUCCAAAGAUAGAUAAGUCUUUCUGUUGUAGAACUUCCCUGAGCAUGCCAUUCUGAUUUUUUUGGGGGGGGAAGGUCCAUUUAUCUGAAGUAUACACAAGAGCUACCUCUUGUAAGAAAAGCCAUCUUUAAUCAUUUUGCUUUCAUCAAAUCACAUUUGAAGUUUUGGGCAGGGCUUCCUUCUCAACACCAAAUGAUUUUGCAAAAUAAACAAGUUCAAGACCAAUCAGUAUUUUUCUUUUUUAAUUUUAAAAAAGUUGCCAUGAACUGAGCAAUGGCACUUUUCCUGUCUGAUGCUGCCUGCUAUCAGAAGGAAAGUCAUGGCAAAAGGCACGCUACCUGCUCCAUUUGGAUACAAUCUAAUUGGAAAAGGGACAUUAAUGUUUCUUUUUCUGCAAAUCAGGUGCAGGGAAAAGUGAGCUGGUGUCCCAUGCAACCUUGGGCAGGAAAGCUCCCAUUGGCUCCAAUGGAAGCUUCUUUAUUUUCUAAGCCUAAUUACUCUGCACAGGGAUUUUCGGGGAGGGGGUUACAGCUGGGGAGGAAAGGGCUACCCUCUCAGCACACUGCACUCCGCCCCAACCACCCCCUGCAGCAAUUAUGCUGAGGAGAAAGAAAAAAGCUUCCAUUGAAACCAAUGGAAGCUUUUCCCCCUAACUUUAUUUUGCUGUACAACAGGGCAGACAAUUUUUGUCAGGGAUGAAGAGAGAGCAGGGGCAACUGUUUCAUUCUGAAGGGAGAGUGGGCCCCUUCCUGUCCUUUGUUGUGGUCAGUGGCAAAUUUGGAAGUGCAGGAGCUUGCCGUGGGAGCUCUCAAAGCCAGAGUCCCCUGAAAUAUAACAGCACAUGCACUAUGUCAGCCUUCGCCAACCUGGUGCC